UUUCGAAAAAAAACAAAUCACUUUCUUCAAGCGGAUGAAAAAUUCAAAGAAUUGGUACAAUUGAAGCGUCUUUGAGAGUUCCCCAGAUGUGAUCACCAACGUUGUAUUUCUUCUUUAUCUAGUUAUCUUCUCCAAUUCAAUCUGCGAAUUCGGCGGUCCGCAAUUCUGAUCUAAGAAGAAGCCCAGUUGAUUGUUUCUCGACUCCUUUGAUUCAUCGGAAACAUCGAGGAUUUGGGUACGAGUCUUUUGAUCUAACUACACGUUGGUUGGUUUCUAUGAUUGUGACAUUAUGCAGCUUGAUUACAAUCUUGUGAAGAAGGAGACUGAAAGCUGUGUAAAACCAAUGCUAGGAGUCUCUUCUUCAGGUUAGUAGCAGAAUGAGUAGAAAAAGAACCGAAAACGACAGUGAAUCAGGACCAGUCGUCACUUCUCAUGUUCCGGUGGAUAGAUUCGGGUUCCUGAAGCAAGAACAUGGCAAUUCUCCAGAGCGUUUUAGCAAGACUAGAACUACAUCAUCUACUGACCAUGACAACAGAGAGGAGAGAAAGGUGAGAAAAUGGAGGAAGAUGAUUGGGGUUGGAGGUAGUGACUGGAAGCAUUACGUUAGGAGAAAACCUAAUAUCGUCAAAAGGCGUAUACGAAAAGGGAUCCCAGAUUGCUUACGAGGUCUUGUUUGGCAGUUAAUUUCAGGAAGUAGGGACCUUUUGCUUAUGAAUCCUGGUGUUUAUGAGCAAUUGGUGAUUUAUGAAACAUCCGCAUCGGAACUUGAUAUCAUUCGAGACAUAUCCCGUACUUUCCCAUCACAUGUUUUCUUUCAGAAGAGACAUGGACCUGGGCAAAGAUCUUUAUACAAUGUCCUUAAGGCAUACUCGGUUUAUGACAGAGAUGUUGGAUAUGUGCAGGGGAUGGGGUUUAUUGCCGGUUUGUUGCUUCUUUAUAUGAGCGAAGAAGAUGCGUUCUGGCUAUUGGUUGCGUUACUAAAAGGAGCUGUUCAUGCUCCAAUGGAAGGACUGUAUCAUGCAGGGCUUCCUCUUGUACAGCAAUACCUAUUUCAGUUAGAAAGCUUGGUAAAAGAGCUAAUUCCAAAGCUCGGAGAACAUUUUACUGAAGAAAUGAUCAAUCCGAGUAUGUAUGCAAGUCAAUGGUUCAUCACCGUCUUCUCUUAUUCAUUUCCUUUUCCUUUGGCUCUACGGAUAUGGGAUGUGUUUCUCUCCGAGGGUGUUAAAAUCGUGUUCAAAGUCGGCUUAGCGUUGUUGAAGUAUUGCCAAGAUGAGUUGGUAAAACUACCAUUUGAAAAACUAAUACAUGCUCUGAAAAUUUUCCCGGAAGAUGCAAUGAAUCCAGAUACAUUGCUUCCAUUGGCCUACUCUAUUAAGGUAUCAAAGCGUUUGGAAGAACUGAAACUGGACUAUGAAAAGACUAAUGCCAAACCGGUUCAACCAUAGAAGAACCGGUUGGUAAUAACCUGAACCAGACGAUUGGAUUCGAAUUCUUUUCUCAUUUUACUUAACUUUUUUUUUUUUGUUUUGGUUGGAAUAUAUUCUUUUUUCAUCAUACUUGUCAAGUUGGGGGGGGAGGAAUUUCUUAUCAGAAACUCUGUGGUUCUUUUUAGCAAUUUCUGGGAAAAGAAGGUAUGCUCCAGCUCAUGUGUAGAUAGAGAGAGUUAUGUUCCUAGAAAAAUCUCAUAUAAUGUGUGGAAGGUAAAUAAUAUGUUUUCUACCUAAAUCUUUUUCAGAAUUUCUGAAUAAAAAUAAGAAAAAAAUUGUGGAUGGAA